AUGAAUACGAACAAUCGAAUGAAGAGAUCUCGAUCUCUCUCUUCAUCCUCCACAGAAGGCUCAUCAUCUUCUUUCCGAUCUCCUUCACCUCCACCUAAAUAUCAUCGAGCUCCUUCUUCACCUACUACCAAACCUUUUCUAUGUGUCCUCCCACCUACAUGUUCACAAACUGGGUCAUCGACCUCAUAUUCCAAUCAAGUUGAAUUAGAUAGACAUCAAGACAUAUAUCAUAAGUGGAUAUGUCGAAUUCCCAUUCGAGAUAGAGCAAUCGAAGUGUCACACAUUGCUAAAGGAAAGGAAAAAGAAACGUUAGACCUGGAUUCGGAUUUGGAUUUGAGUAAGACAGUGACAGUACCUGAAUCAUUCUCUGGUGGAAGAAUUAAAGAUGGUAAAAGAUGGAAAGAAUGUUUGAAAGCUUUCCCAGAUGAAAGGUUGUACAACCUUCAUCAGGCUGAAGUUCAUGAUCCGAUAAUCAGAGCAAAGAAGGAGAACGGUCAGAAGACUUUUCAAUGCUUUUUACCUCCAACACAAUGUGGUAAAGUUUUCCUUGACCCGAAGAAAAGGAGAAGACAUUUAAUCGAUAAACACAAAUAUCCUCCAGAAUACUUCUUCAGUAUCACGAAUCAUGGUAUCAACAAACUAGUCAGUGAAGAUGGCUUAGCGAUGAGUCUGAUCAGACCAAGGCGCGACCCAGUUUCCUCAAGAGGUAACUCAACACCCUUAGAACCUGAAACCCCUCUCCCUGCAGAUAUACAUCGACUUGAUAAGGGUAGCGAUCCAUCUUCAAACCCUAGAGCGGAUAUAGAUAUGGAUGACAUAAUCUCACGAAUGGGUCAAAUGGAAAGCAGUCUUGCAUUCGUUCCUAGAGGAGUCAGAAAGGCUACUAAAACCAAAGAGAAAGAGAUGAUCGUGGAAGUGGAAUCUGUUACGAAGUGA